AUGCGCUGGCUUGCAACCGUCUUCACAAUCCAUGUUCUUGCUUCGCUGGUCGAAGCAGCCAUAAUGAAUAUUACAGACACGCGGCGGGGUGUACAAGACAAACGAUACGAUAAAGCACACUAUCUACCCGACUCACAUUCCUUUGACCCAAAAGAUGGAUGGGAAACUGUCAGCAUCUCUGAUCUAAACUACAAGUAUCUCGCGUCAAGUCACAAAGACCACUCCUUCCAUAGAGCGCUACGCAGAUCUUCCCAGAGCAACACACCCGCCAGCGUUGGAACAUCGAAAUACAAAGAAAAGCACGCAGAAACCUCAAACACAAGCACAAGUACUGGAUUCUUAGGGAAUGUGGUCCAAAACCUUGCUUCUAUCUUUGCGGGAUUGACAGGUAAGGGGCCCGCACAGGGCGUCACCAUAACCUGGUAUACCGGACACGACCUAGAGAAUCCGAGUUGUUGGAGUAACAGGGAAUGGUCACCGACGGACAAGUCUUUCGUGGGCGCUGUUACAUUGUAUGGUUGGACAACAAAGCCUGCAUGCUUCGAGUUCAUCGAACUUUGCAACGGCAAGAAGCAAUGCAUAUUUGUCCGUGUCGUUGACACUUGUGAAGGGUGCGCCAAAGGAUCACGUCACGUCGAUCUCACCAAGGCGGCGUUCGGCCAACUGGCUGACCUGGAUGAAGGCGUAAUGACCGUGCAGAUGCGGCCAGCAACUGAACCUGAUAACUGGUAA